CAUUUCUCUACACACAGAAUAUACGAGAAUCAAAACACAGAAUAUUCUUGACCUAGAUAUAAAAUACUGCAUAACCUAUCCGCAUUACACAAUAAGAACCCUUUAAUAAUUUAUAAAUUAAUUAAUUGCAAUUAACAAGUUUAAAUAAACAAAUCCAUAGCUAUCUAGAUGGAAUGCGAGUGUCAUAACCAACUUGUUAAGUCAAGUAUUAUUAUUAAAAGUCGUGACCAUGCUGAAACCAAAACUGAAAUCACAGCCAAUCCCAAGGAUUCUGUCCGUAAAGACCAGAAACAACAGAGCAGCGAAAGUAGCGAUGAUAACCCCGCCCGUAACUGCCCACCGGGAUUGGAAAGUCUAAUUAAGCUUGAUGAAAUUCUGGUGCAUCAGAAAAUUACGCUAAGUGAAUCCAUGUGCGGCUACGAGACAAACAACCGGUAUCAUAUUAAAAACCGAGACAUGCAAAAACUGUUUUACGCCCGAGAAAAGACCAGUAGCUGUAGCCGUCAGUGUUGCGGAUCCUAUCGGCCGUUUGACAUGAAAAUCAAAGACAGUGGCGGAAACGAAGUCAUAUCACUGUACCGGCCCUUCCAGUACUGUCGACAGAAACUGGAAGUGGUCGACUCGACCGGCGAACUCCUGGGCACUAUCCGCCAGGACAUGAAGUUUGGCCUUUCAAAGUUCAAUGUGGAGAAUGCCGAUGGUGAAUGUGUAAUGAAAAUCAAGGUUAGUUUUAUGUUUGUGGCGAUAGUCACGUAUGCCAUAGCGGAACAAUGCACUUAA